AUGCCUCUACGCCAGUCGCCGCGCAAGCGAACGACCAUCGCGACGACGAAACCCCAAGUCAAGACAGAGGAGCCCGCUCCCUCUACUCGCAGAGGCACAGCUACAACAUCAGCCAAGAGGACGACAACGAAGCGCAAAGUAGAGGUCGUUGCAUCGGAAGAAGACGAGGACGAGGAAGAAGAAGAAGAACAAGACAACAAGAAGGCCAAGGUCAAGACGGAAACGAAAGCAGCAGAUCAAAAGAAACCGGCGCCGGCCGCCAAGAAGCGCAAGACGACUGCCGCCUCGUCGGCGGGAAGCAAGAAAUCAAAAGCAGAAGAUAUGCCGCCGUUGGCGCCCAGGACGGCCGUUGCCUCUCUCAAAAAGGCCAUGUACGUGGGCGCGCACGUGUCGGCCGCGGGAGGUGUACAAAACGCCGUGUCCAACGCCACGCACAUUGGUGCCAAUGCCUUUGCCCUGUUCCUCAAGUCCCAGCGCAAAUGGGAUAACCCGCCCAUGGCGCCCGAGGCCAUCUCGGGCUUUCACCACGCCUGCAAGCACGGCAGCAGCAACCGGAUCAAGGAGGAGAAGAGCGAAGAGGGCAGUGGUGAGGCGGCCUGGGAUGCCGCCAAGCACUGCGUCCCCCACGGUUCGUACCUCGUCAAUCUGGCCGCCGCCGAGCGCGCCAAGGCAGACCAGGCGUACACUGCCUUUCUCGACGACCUGAAGCGGUGCGAGCAGCUCGGCAUCCGGCUGUACAACUUCCACCCGGGCAACACCAACGGGGAGCCACGGCCCGCGGCACUGGCGCGAAUCGCCGCGCAGCUCAACAAGGCGCACGCCGCGACAAAGGACGUCAUUACUCUGCUCGAGAACAUGGCCGGUCAGGGCAACGUCGUGGGCACCACGUGGGAGGACCUGCGCGACAUUAUUGCCCUGGUCGACGACAAGAGCCGCGUCGGCGUCUGCAUCGACACGUGCCACGCCUUUGCCGCCGGCUACGACUUGCGGACCCCCGAGGUCUUUGCCGAGACCGUCGCGGCCUUUGAUGCCAUUGUCGGCCGGAGCUACCUGCGUGCUUUUCACGUCAAUGACAGCAAGGCCCCCUUUGACUCGCACCGCGACCUGCACGCCAAUAUUGGUACCGGCUUUCUCGGCCUGCGCGCCUUUCACAGCCUCGUCAACACGGAUGGCUUUGCGGGUCUGCCCAUGGUGCUCGAGACGCCCAUUGACCGCAAGGGCCCCGAUGGCAAGUCGGUCGAGGACAAGCAGGUAUGGGCCGACGAGAUCAAAUUGCUCGAGUCCCUGAUUGGUAUGGAUCCUGAGAGUGACGAGUUCAAGGCCCUCGACAAGAGGCUACAAAAGGAGGGCGAGGCAGAGCGCAAAAAGAUUCAGGACCAGGUCGAUCGCAAAGCUGACAAGGACGCCAAGAAGGGUACCAAGGGGAAGAAGACUAUCGACAAGUAUUUCGGUGGCAAGACGAAGAAGAAGGCAGAGGAGGACAGCGAGUCAGAGUAA